CACUAACGCAGCGCUUUCCCAUAGUGUAGGGGAAUACGGCGCAUCUAUAAAGACGACGGCGUGCUCUCGAUCACUAUGUCGUUGAGAUACUGUGUCAUACAUGGUCGUGCCGCUCAUUUGCAGUACUAUCAAGAUAAUCGUUGGAAAGGCUUCGCCGCUACCUAUACCAACUACCCAAGUCCUGCCAGCUACCGCUACGCCUGGGGUUCGUGGGGUCUUCAACGACCACCCUGCACAGGAGAUUUGUGUCCGCACCCUCCUCCAGCCGCAUGACGGGAUGCCUAUGAGGUUGAAGUCGCUGGACAACAUCGGCAACAAGCUGUUACAUCUGGGUGCGUCAGCGUAUUCUGCGCCUGACGAGAUUCGCUAUCCACCUCGUGACCACUUGCAGGGGAUGGCUUGUGAACUUUGCAACGCAAGAAAAACCAUGGGCAACGAUAGAGUGGUCUGCACGAGGCUUGGCAUGAAGACCACGUGUGUCGAGUGCGACGAGUACAAGCGGCCAUGCACGUUCACGCAUAUGGCGAUAAUGAGCGGCAGGGUGGAUCUCCAGCGUGCGAGCAUGUUUCCGCCGUACAACAGGGAGGGUACCAAGCGCCUUGCUGGGAAUCGUGUAGUCAAGGAGUUCUAGAAGUCUGAGAAGUAUUGUUUCGACGGACAGGUGGGCAUUCGGCGGGACUUGGCGUGUAAGAUCAUGCUAGGUACAGCAUGGUUCGGGCGUGCAUUUGUUCUGCAAGCGGGAGUGUUGCUCUUCUUGAUAGCUUGACUUGAG